CAGUGAGAGACAAAUUUUGAGAAAGAAGAAGACCAUGGCUCUUUAUUUGCAUUGGAUGAAUGUGUUGCAUGUAGUGCAGUGGUUUUUCAAAUUAUGGGAAAAAAUUAUUGUACAUGGUAUUGAAUCAAGCUCUUUGGGAAGACAAUUAUACAUACUUGAUGUUUUUGUCAAUAGGAAAAUUGUGCAUCAAAUAGCUUAUGAGAGUGAUGUCAUUUGUUUUGAUCAACUUAGGAUGAAUAGGAAAGCAUUUAGCAAUUUAUGCAUAAUGCUUGAAACUAGGGGUGGGUUAAAAGCAUCUAAAUACUUGCAAGUAGAUGAGCAAGUGGCCAUGUUUUUACAUGUAAUUGCUCAUCAUGUGAAAAAUAGAGUCAUUAGAUUUCGAUUUAUGAGAUCUGGUGAGACUAUUAGCAAAUUUUUUCACAAUGUGUUACAUUCAAUCAUUCGACUACAUGGAGCGUUAUUGAAAAGACCUGAACCGGUUGUUGAAAACUCAACAGAUGAAAGGUGGAAAUGGUUCAAGAAUUGCUUAGGGGCACUAGAUGGAACUCAUAUUAGAGUGAGAGUACCUAUGGCUGAUAAACCAAAAUAUCAUACUCGAAAAGGUGAAAUAGCUACAAAUGUCUUAGGUGUAUGCUCCCAAGACAUGCAAUUCAUAUAUGUGUUACCUGGAUGGGAAGGCUCUGCGGCAGAUGGUAGAGUUUUACGUGAUGCCAUACGUAGAACAAUUGGUUUGUGUGUUCCAAAUGGUAUGAUUUGUGUUUUAGAUUAUACAUUUUUUUUGGAUAAGUCAUUUAGGAGACAACUUAAUCCUUAUCUUUAUUUUAUUUUAGGUCAUUAUUAUCUUGUAGAUGGUGGAUAUACUAAUUGUAAGGGAUUUCUUGCUCCAUAUCGAGGCCAACGCUAUCACCUCAACCAAUGGGAAGAUGGGAAUCCUCCCAGAAAUCCACAAGAGUUUUUUAAUAUGAAGCACUCAUCUGCUAGGAAUGUCAUUGAGAGAUGUUUUGGUGCAAUUAAGAAUCGAUGGGCAAUUCUUAGGAGUCCAUCAUUCUAUCCAAUAAAGACUCAAAACCGAAUCAUUUUAGCAUGUUGUUUGCUUCACAAUUUUAUUAGGAGAGAAAUGCCUAAUGAUAAUACUGAUAUGCAUCCAGAGAAUGAGAGUGAUAGUGGAGACGAAGAAGAUAGCAUGGAUGCUGAUGGAUCCAUAAGAAGUAUUGAAGCUUCUGAAGGGUGGACAACAUUUAGAAAUCAUUUAGCACUUGAGAUGUAUAACGAAUGGAGAGAACAUAGGAGAGCAAGCUAGUUUUUUUUUAUUUCUUAGAUUAAAUGCAUAAUGAUUGUCUAGGUUUCUAAAUUUUGUUUCACUUGGCUAUGCCAAUUCAUUUGACUGUUUGUGUAAUUGACCACCCCAAAAACUUAUAUCACUUGCUUUGAAAUGGAAAAUUUAUCUUUA